CCAUGAAAAUUCGUUGUUCAACUUUGAUAUCAUUGAAUGUAACCAUACUUAUCAAACUGAGAGCGCGCGCUGUAUAGGUGAUAAAUAUACAUGUACGCUUUAUUUAGAGAAGUGUAACGGGUUUUGAAAUAUAAAAUUCGGAUUUAGAAAAAAACAGCAGGAGACAGAAAAAUGCCAGUAAAAGGGCUUACAGAAAGGCUAAAGGAUGGCGAGAACAUCAUCAUCGCUGAAGGCUACAUGUGGGAGUUCGAGCGUCGGGGUUAUUUGAAGAGCGGUGGUUUUGUACCGGAAGUAGUCUUGGAAAACCCGGAAAUGGUCAGAUCGAUGCACUAUGAAUAUGUCCAUGCCGGAAGUGACGUAGUUGAAGCAUUUACGUACUAUGGACAUCGGGAGAAAUUGCGAUCUAUUGGACGCGAAGAUGACCUUGAAAAAUUGAACAAGAAUGCGCUGCGCAUCGCACGUGAAGUUGCAGACGAUACUGGUACUCUGAUGGCGGGAAAUAUCAAUGGAACCGGCGUGUAUAGUGUAGAAGACAAGGAAUCGCAUAAAUAUGCCAGGGAUAUGUUUAAAGAACAAGUGCAGUGGGCCAUUGACGGCGGAUGUGACUUUAUCAUCGCAGAAACCUUCUGUUACCUCGGUGAAGCGUUGAUUGCCCUAGAUGUGAUCAAAGAUGCAGGUGUGCCGGCAGUGAUGACCUUGACCCCAUACGUUCCCGACAUCACCCUUGAUGACAUACCUUUCCCAAAAGCAUGCCGCACACUAGAAGAAGCCGGCGCUGCGGUUGUGGGUUUAAACUGCUCUCGAGGACCAGAUACUAUGCUUCCUUUAUUGCGGAAAAUUAGGAAGGCGUGCAAGGGACCAAUUGCAGCAUUGCCGGUCCCUUUCAGAACCAGUGAAAAAUACCCAACAUUCAUGUCGUUCAGAGACCCUAACACAGAUCGACAUCUCUACCCAGUUGACCUUACAUGCUGUUUGUGCAAUAGAACUGACGUGAAAAUGUUUGCGGAAGAAGCAAAAGAUAUCGGGGUGCAAUACAUAGGUCUUUGUUGCGGAAACGCCGCUAAUAUGCUGCGAGAGGUCGCCGAAGUUUAUGGGAGGAAGCCGCCGGCCUCGGAAUACUCUCCAGACAUCUCCUUGAAUAUUCUUAUCGGAGAGACGGGCGAAAAGAUUAACAAAGAACAUUCAAAAGUUCGAAAAUUCUCAGUCGGUGAUUUCACACUGAGUGAACUCAAACAAUUAAAUUUGCAGGCCCAUCACGAAACUGAGGAGGAGCAUGGCGACUCGGAAAAAUAAGACAAUCAAUUCAACGCUUUUAUCCUAAUGAAAUAGAUUUGUCCAAAGGACAUACCCACAAAGUCUAAAAAUCUAAAUCCAAAUAUAUACUAGUACGCAAUCAAAGCUUUGAAAUACUGUCAUGGAUAAAAAUAUAUACUCCAUUUUUGCUCGUUACAGAUUUUAUUGGCGACUUCCGUUCAUUGUUACUAUCCAUCAACAUUUUAUGUCAGAUGCCGGUACAUGUUGUCCCGGCCCGAAUCUGUUUAAGAUAUACAAAAAAAAAACGUGUCGUCUAAAAACUGUAGUCUCCCGCAAUGUUUCUUUAAGUAUAAUUUUAAUUUCACUCAACCUGCUGUUGUUGUUUUUUUGGUAUGUUUACUGUACAUAGAUAACAUGUAACGUAAUGCACUAUAUAUGAGAUAAAUCAUGCACGGCUUUUGUCAAUUAUUCACCUAUGUUUUAGUGUGGAACUUCCUACUGAAACAUUGUGUCCUUAGUUAUAGUUCGAUAUUGAAAUAAAAAUAUAGAUAUA